AGAAAGAAUAUCUCACCCAUAAACGAAGUGAGAUUACACGAAAGCUAAUUACUAACAUUACUCUUCGCUAAACUAAGAAAUCUCCUCUGUCGUCUUAAGCACUGCCCUAAGCAUUCGUUACUUCUAAUUAUAAAUUUCAUAUAUAUUUUUUGUGUAAUUGCAUGGUAUUUAAUGUUAGGCUUCCUAAUUGGGAAAUUUUGUAAACAAUAUUUGUGCAACCAAAACAGUUGAUGGAAUUGAAAACAUUAUAAGUUGAGAAAUCGGACUCUAAAAACUCUCUUUUCUUAUUUGUAAACCCUAGAAGUCAACUAAACAGUCAUGAAUCCGUACAACGAGGAUGAAGAUCCGUUUAGAGACAACGGUCCAAGAUUACCAACAGCAGCUUUCACCAGUGAUAAAGCAUCACCAAAGAGAUUUCAACCAUUAGCGAAAUCUGAUUCAGAUGACGAAGAAUUCACUGCAUUUCCUCUGAAUACUCCACAGAGACAUUCUCCAAACAUAUUUGCUAGAAGUACUGCUCGUGCUCAAAUAGGGAAUAAGAACUCCUUGGGUAAUGCUCCAAACUUACAAUAUGAAAAUGGUAUGACUCCAAGAGCACAAUAUACAUCAAGAGAAUCCCCUAGUAGACAAAGAAAAACUGAAAUCAUAAUUUCAGAUGAUGAGAAUGAUAUUGAAAGUCUUCAUGGAUCACCAGUAAGAUCUCAAUAUGGGGGAAGUAACAUAUCAAGUGAACGUUUCUUAUCACCUCCACAACCAAUCUUUUCUCGUGAAACUUUUGCAUCUGCAAACGUCCAAGAUGACGAUCAAGCUACUAUAGCUGAUGAAGACAAAAGAGAUGAAGAUUACGAAUAUGGUGCUUACCAAAAGGAUCAUCAAUUGGAAGCAAGAUCAGUAUAUUCUGAUUCAACUGCUUAUAGUGGUUCUUCUUAUGUAUCUGGAUCUGCCCAUCAUAAUGGAAGUGAAUACUUUACUACUUCUAUUGAUGGAAAUUUAAUGAAUAACAUAAACAAUGGAUUCAUUCCAAAGAGAGAAAAGACUAUCACUAAAAGAAAAGUUAGAUUAGUGGGUGGUGCUAAAGGAAAUUUGGUAUUGGAAAAUCCAAUUCCUGAAGAAUUAAAAAAGGUAAUAACAAGAACUGAAUCACCCUUCGGAGAGUUUGCUAAUAUGACUUAUACUGCUUGUACUUCAGAACCUGAUAGUUUUGUUAAUGAUGGUUUUACCUUAAGAGCAGCUAAAUAUGGUAGAGAAACUGAACUUGUGGUUUGUAUUACCAUGUAUAAUGAAGAUGAAUCUUCAUUUGCCAGAACUAUGCAUGGUGUAAUGAAAAAUGUUGCACACUUAUGUUCAAGAACCAAAUCUAAGGUUUGGGGUAAAGACAGUUGGAAGAAAAUUCAAGUUAUUAUUGUUGCUGAUGGUAGAAAUAAAGUUAAUGAAUCCGUCUUACAAUUAUUAACUGCAACUGGUUGUUAUCAAGAAAACUUGGCAAGACCAUAUGUUAACAACAAAAGUGUAAAUGCUCAUUUAUUCGAAUAUACCACCCAAAUUUCAAUUGAUGAAAACUUAAAAUUCAAAGGUGAUGAAAAGAACUUAGCACCAGUUCAAGUUUUGUUUUGUCUUAAAGAAAGAAAUCAAAAGAAGAUUAAUUCACAUAGAUGGCUUUUUAAUGCCUUUUGUCCUAUAUUAGAUCCAAAUGUCGUUGUUUUGUUAGAUGUGGGUACAAAACCAGAUAAUCAUGCCUUAUAUAACUUAUGGAAAGCAUUUGAUCGUGAUUCAAAUGUUGCCGGUGCAGCAGGUGAAAUCAAAGCUAUGAAAGGAAAAGGAUGGAUCAAUUUAACCAAUCCAUUAGUAGCAUCACAAAAUUUUGAAUAUAAAAUGUCAAACAUUCUCGAUAAACCUUUAGAAUCUGUUUUUGGAUAUAUUUCCGUGUUACCAGGUGCAUUAUCAGCUUAUCGUUACAUAGCGUUGAAAAAUCAUGAAGAUAGUACAGGUCCAUUAGCAUCUUACUUCAAGGGAGAAGAUUUACUUAAUAAUCAUCACAAAGAAAAUCAGAAUAAUAAAACCAACUUUUUUGAAGCUAAUAUGUACUUAGCUGAAGAUCGUAUUUUAUGUUGGGAGUUGGUGGCUAAAAAGAAUGAAAACUGGGUUCUUAAAUUCGUUAAGCUGGCUACUGGAGAAACUGAUGUUCCAGAAUCAAUUUCAGAAUUCCUUUCUCAAAGAAGACGUUGGAUUAAUGGUGCCUUCUUUGCUGCAUUAUAUUCCUUACGUAAUUUCACUCGUAUAUGGGCUACUGACCAUUCAUUUGCCAGAAAAUUUUGGUUCCAUGUUGAAUUUAUUUAUCAAUUCAUUACACUUAUCUUUUCAUUCUUUUCUUUGAGUAACUUUUACUUGACUUUCUAUUUCCUUACUGGAUCUUUAAUUGAUGAUAAAACUCUUGGUCGUGGAGGGUUUUGGAUCUUCACCUUGUUCAAUUAUCUCUGCAUUUGUGUUUUAACAUCUUUAUUCAUUGUUUCUAUUGGUAACAGACCACAAGCUUCUAGAAAUGUAUUCAAGACAUUGAUUAUCUUAUUAACAGUCUGUGCAUUAUAUGCUUUAAUUGUUGGUUUCUACUUUGUCUUUAACACUAUUCAUCAAUAUGGUAUAGGUGAUUCAUCGAUUUAUGUUUUAGUAACUAUUGUUGUUUCCAUGUUGUCAACAUAUGGUCUUUACACACUUAUGUCAAUUUUAUACUUAGAUCCAUGGCAUAUGCUUACUUGUUCACUUCAAUACUUUUUAAUGAUUCCAUCGUAUACCUGUACUUUACAAAUCUUUGCCUUUUGUAAUACUCAUGAUGUUUCGUGGGGUACUAAAGGUGAUAAUAAUCCUCAAGAAGAUAAAACAAAUCAAUAUAUUAUUGAAAAGAAUGAUAAAGGAGAAUUCGAAGCAACUGUGGUUGAUGUUAAUGUUGAUGAAGUUUAUUUGGAAACCUUAUAUAACAUUCGUGCUAAGAGAACCAACAGAAAGGUAUUAUUCACUCAUACACCUAAACCUCCAAUGGAAGGUGAAGAUUAUGCCAAAAAUGUAAGAACCAAAGUCGUGUUAUGUUGGAUGCUAGCAAACUUAAUUUUCAUUAUGACAAUGCUUCAAGUUUAUGAACCAGGUGAAACUAAGAGAAAUGCUUAUUUAGCAUUUAUCUUAUGGUCUGUUGCAAUUUUAGCUUUAUUCAGAGCAAUUGGAUCUUUUGGUUAUCUUAUGCAAAACUCCGCUAGAUUCUUAGUAGAAUCAAUUAACAAAUGGAGAAAUAAAAAACAAGGCUAUACCACAACUGGUCAUAAUCCUUUAAAUUAGUUUCAUUUCUUAUAUAUCUUAGAUAUACCAUUCAAAAAUAAUACAAAAUACCCCUUAAUGAUAUAACAUAGUUAAAACUUGCUGCUUGUAGCUAAAAUAGGAAACUGUAAAUAUGCGAC